UCAAAAACUAACGAGCUUGCGCUGUACUUACAAGGAAGUGCACAGAAUUGGUGCGCGUUUUUUCAGCUAAGUUGGCUCAUAUCAAAAGCUGAUUACUUGUGGCUCUUAUCAUUUAUACAACCUGAGAUAAAUUGUUCUCACAGUACGGUGUAGUAAUCUGCCACAGGCGACGCGUCCCACCUUUGAAGAUGCCCCGCAGGAAGAGGACCGCUGGCAGCAGCUCGGACGGGACGGAGGACUCGGACUUUUCCGCCGACCUCGAGCACUCCGAAGCUCCCGAGAGUGCGCGCAGGCGCAGCAGCACGCGCCUGACUCGCGCUUCACUACGCCUCAGCCAGAGCUCACAAGAUAACUGCAGCUCAGUACGGACCAGUUCUCCUGCACCCGUGGGUCCUGACGAAGGCCUGGAUUCAGCAGCAGAGUCGCCAGCAGCAGCAGCGACAGCAGUGGCAGCAUCCGUCUUCUCGUCUGGGCGCAGGGUCACACGCAGCCAGCAGGGGGCAACAAACACCGCAGCCAAAAAAUACCCACUGCGUCAGAGCAGGUCGUCAGGCUCAGACACUGAGGCUAAUGACCUGAAGCAGGGGGCAGACCGGGACGAGACCCCUCCUCGCACCCCAACAGGAAACGCCCCAUCCUCUGAGUCAGACAUCGAGGUGUCCAGUCCCAGCAACGACCUUGUGUCCUCUAGCAACGAUAUUGUAGUUUCACAAGAGGAGGACGAGAGAUUGGCCAAAGAGCUAUCGCUCAAAGAGGCCGCCGCCCACGACCUCUCCCACCGGCCCAAACGACGGCGCUUCCACGAGAGCUACAAUUUCAACAUGAAGUGUCCCACACCUGGGUGCAACUCACUGGGUCAUCUAACAGGGAGGCAUGAGAGACAUUUCUCCAUAUCUGGAUGUCCUCUAUACCACAAUCUCUCUGCCGAUGAAUGCAAGGGCAAGGCAUCGACGCGCGACAAACAGGCUGAGGAAAGGACGCUGUCGCACCGCCAGGACGAGAACAGACACUCCACAAGAAACCAGGCCCCUUCAGAUCGUCAGCUGCGCUACAAGGAGAAGGUGACGGAGUUGAGGAGGAAGAGGAACUCCAGCCUCAACAAGGAGCAGAAGGAAAAACACAUGGACCAUCGUCAGAGCCACGGAGCAAGCAGGGAGCCGCUGCUGGAGAACAUCACCAGCGACUACGACCUCGAGCUGUUCAGGAAAGCGCAGGCACGUGCCUCGGACGACCUUUCAGCAAACCCUCCUCUGCAGCCACAGGAGGAGUCUGAGAUAUUUUUGGAGAAGCUUCGUCUGGCCGGCCAGGUGUCGGAGGGCAGCAACAUGAUAAAGACCAUUGUGUUCGGUCGCUACGAGCUGGACACCUGGUACCACUCUCCGUAUCCAGAGGAAUACGCCCGCCUGGGGAGGCUCUACAUGUGCGAGUUCUGCCUUAAGUAUAUGAAGAGCCAGACCAUUCUGCGCAGGCACAUGGCCAAGUGUGUGUGGAAGCACCCUCCAGGUGACGAGAUCUACAGGAAGGGGAACAUCUCUGUCUUUGAGGUGGACGGGAAGAAGAACAAGAUUUACUGUCAGAACUUGUGUCUGCUGGCGAAACUCUUCCUGGACCACAAGACUCUGUAUUACGACGUUGAACCAUUCCUCUUCUACGUCAUGACUGAAGCUGACAACACAGGGUGCCAUCUAGUCGGAUACUUCUCCAAGGAGAAGAACUCUUUCCUGAACUACAACGUGUCCUGCAUCCUCACCAUGCCACAGUACAUGAGGCAGGGAUAUGGCAAGAUGCUCAUAGACUUCAGUUACCUGUUGUCCAAGGUGGAGGAGAAGGUGGGUUCACCUGAGCGUCCCCUGUCUGACCUGGGCCUUAUCAGCUACCGGAGCUACUGGAAGGAGGUGCUGCUGCGCUACCUGAACAACUUUCAGGGCAAGGAGAUCUCCAUCAAAGAGAUCAGUCAGGAGACGGCAGUGAACCCAGUGGAUAUUGUCAGCACGCUGCAAUCCCUCCAGAUGCUCAAAUACUGGAAGGGAAAGCACCUGGUUUUAAAGAGACAGGACCUCAUUGAUGACUGGAAGGCCAAGGAGACCAAACGUGGUAAUGGCAAGACCAUCGACCCCACAGCCUUAAAAUGGACACCGCCUAAAGGGACGUAGAGGAGCUUCCUUUCACACUCCAAAAAACGCAUACGUACACAGACAGAUCAUCCUCCUCUGCACACUGGCAUGCUCACAGACCCUGAGCCUAAACCCUCACACACACACAUACUCUUUGCUUUCAGCACAGUCAGUCACUUACAGAGUCAGCCAUCACUCUGGGUUUAGCAGUCACUGUCACAGUUCAGAAAAUCAACAUUUUUCUUUGGACAUAACACAAAAUAGAAGAACGUUAGGUAAAUGCUCCUAAUAUAGGAAUGAAGUGUAUUCAGUGUUUAAAAUCUGGCUAUGUGGAGUCAGUAUGUACGCUCUGGCUCUGCAGAAUGUGUCAAAGUUGCCAUCAACGGGCUGGGGGGGCUUCAUUUAAAAUAAACACUUAAAAUUAAACAGUGGUUUGUCCCUUCUGGGCUGCUGAAGAAACAUGGCAGACUCCAUUAAAGGUGAUCCCCAUAUCCAGGUGAUUACAGACUAAUGAAAACAUAGCUAUGAAUAUUUUAUAUAGUUCUGCCGAUAUAGCCUCCUAAAUGUUACACACAGGACCUUUUAAAAUUAUUGGUUCAUUUAAAAAUACAUGCACUACUUCCCUUAGAUGAAAAGCUGAAGUGUAUGGAGGCCCAAAGUGUUUAAUAUUGACUGAAUAAAUAUGAAAUAAAUAAUCACAUGAUUAAAUGGUGUAAAACAUACAAAUUAAGUUUUAAUAAUUUCUUCAAUUGUUGGUUCAUUUAUCAAUUUAUUUAUGUGAUUGUUAUUUUUUUCUUGCUCUUAAUAUUUUAUUUUUAUUUCUUCAAUAUUGAGCUCUUUGGGUUUCCAUAGAAGUAAAGCCGUAGUUUCCGGCUCCAACUAAGAUUCGUGUCCAACAUUAACAUAUGACUACACUGCAAAACAAUGAGCUAUGUAGCAGCCAGUGAUGUCAGUCUACGCAUGUUUGAUCACCGCUGUUAUCCUCUCAACCUCAUUUGUUUUCUGAAAAGUGAAAGUAAUUGUGCGUGGUUAGUGCGCCUCCUCCCAGACACUUGAUUAGCACGGAGCACCAGGCACACCCGCUAAUCCAAUCUGCGACAGCCGGUAUUGACCCUGCGCUGCACUUCAUUCUGUUCCCGAGACGGCCGAAACAACGCAGGUUGGCAGUGCAUUGACUCAUGCAACAUGUUUUGGCAGACAAAGACCAGCUGGCUGUGAUUAAGGCCUGGGCCCAAAAUGCAUAAAGUUCCUAGAAAUAGGAGCCUUGACCUCGAUUUACCACUCAGGUCACGUGACUAAAUAGAGAUUGUAAGAUUGCAAGAUUUGCAAAAAAUUUUGUGAAAACAUGAGUAAAAUAUGACCUAGUAUUAACGGCUGCAGACAUCUGUUAGUUUGCAAGUUUUUACAAUUUUGACAUUUGAAAUGAUACAAGCAGUUACAGUAGGAUGGUCUCAGGUCAGAUCUUUUACACUUUCUGUAUGUAAUUGUAAUUGUAUGAAAUGUUUGACAGACCAGUGCACAGACAAUUUUCUGAUGCUGACAGUGGCUGUUGGAACCCAGAGCGAGUAACUCUCAGUAACUCAGCGUCUCUACAAACACACACAUUGUUCCAGUAUUUAAGCAGUCAGACGGUUAGUGAGGAAGCUAUAGCUGCCAUUGGCCAUGUUUGGACCGUGUCACCAGGAUGGGACCUACCCGUUACCACCUGUUUUCCCUUCUUUUUUCAGCCUUUUAUCUCAGUGACGGCUGUGUUGUCUUACGAUGUCUGCAGUUAUAUUCUGAACAGCAGAGGCACACAGGGAAGUGUUGGAGCUCACAAACAUGUUUUUUUGGUGUCCUUUUCUGUGAUUUUGUUAAAGUUCUCAAUGAUAUUUUAUACUUUUUCUACCUCUAAGGUUUACCACUGUAUAAAAGCUAGAACGGCCCAUUUUAAGCUUCUUUUAUUUUCUUUUUUUAUUCGGUGUGUUAACAUGUGAAACUUUGUAGCUGUGUUCAGCCAGUGUUUUUCUUUUUUUUUUUUACUAGAUUAAAAAAAAAAAAAGCUAUUUAUAUUCUUAAAAAAUAUGUUAACUGCGUAGACCAUAAAAAAGACAAAGUCUGGUAGAGCAGUGUCUACUCUAUAGGACCGGCUUCCUUGUGAAUAUAAAUAUUUAUCUCAAAAUUUUAUGUAGAUUUGAAUGUGUGUAGAAGCUCCUGAAAGGUACAGGAGGGAGAAUCCAGGGCAUCCCCCCACCAACAAAGACAAUGACAGAAGUCAUUUACAUUUCAAAGAUUUAUCUCCUGUAAUCAAAAGUGACACGAUUGAAUCAAAACAUGUCACUUUUACACAUUGUCACUAUUUGUUACUACCAUACUUGCUGCUGCAAGCGGUGAGGAAAAUACAAGCACAACCUUUUUGUGUAAGACCACUAAACACGGUCGGCAGCAUUUUUUAAAUUAUUUUUUGUUCUUUACAGCCCAAUGUGUUUAAAGUUUUAUUUUAUUGACAAUCUCCAUAUUUAUUAUUCGGAUCAACCUGUUUGUUUUGUAACCAGCUUUUAAGAUUUGUUAAAGGAAUAGUGUUUUGGGAAAUACACAUAUUUGUCUUGCAGAGAGUUUAUUGAUUAGAAGAUUGUUACCACCCUUGUGUCUGUAUGCUACAUAUAAAGCUAGAGUCUGUCGCCUAUUAGCUUAGCUUAGCUCAAAGACUGGAAACAGUUAAGCCCCCCAGGAAGAGCGCAGGGCUUUGAAGCCAAUUUGACAUAGUGGCCAAACUGUGUAAUUACAACAAUGACGUCUGUCACAUGAUGCACACUGGCCCAAAAUUAUAAUUAGCUUAAAUGGUGAAAGAAGCAGCUGUAAAAUGGUGGAUAAAUUGUUUUAGCAUCACCCCCCAUUAAAUGCAGUAGCUUCAUAUAUAUACCCCACAGUGAGUGUGGUAUCAAUCUUCUUGUCUAUCUUUUGGCAAGAACGCAGUAAUCCCCAAAAUAUUGAACUGUUCCUUUAAACAUGUGUAUAAGCUUAGACAGCAGUUGGCUGUGAAAUCGGAGGUGUGUGGCCAACAGUGUCCGAUUGAAUCAACUACUUCUUUAUGUUUUAUAGAUUUUGUGUCAUAUAUGGAGGAAUAUUGUUCCUUCACAGCCUAGAGUCACAUUUGCUUUUCUCCUUUCAUAGCAUAACAAAUGUCGCCUUUAAAUUCUGCAAGGUUGAAAAUGCUUUUCUUCGUGCUGUUUUCUUGUUUCUAUAGCGGUGUCUUCUUCCUGCCAUCUGUGUAUUUAUUUAUCUGUGUUUUACAUGUUUAUAUUUUCUCUAAUCCUGUGGUUGGUUUUCUUCGGCUUUCAUUUGGGUCUUACAUGAAGGGGUUCAGGUGUCACGCUGACUGGCAGACUUAAAAUAAAUAAAGGCCACUCAUUUCAAAGGACUACAUUUAUCCUUUUAGCACCUACUCUCAAUAAACCUCUGAAAUGUGCUACUGACCGAAAUUACAUGACUGUCAUGAGUUUGGACAGUGUUUUUUUUUUGCCAAUUCUUAAGUGCAUUUACAGGAAAGUGCAAUUACUUUUUGAAAGAUUUUCAAAGGAAAAAUCCAUCCUUAAACACAACUCUUGAUGAUGAUGUUCUAUAUGUGGCCAAUUUAGGUGGAGGUCCCUCAGAAUGAAAGAGGAUGUGUGUCUUUUUAGGGCUGCCAUUUUGUACCCGUAAAGGAAAAAGAACGUUUUCUAUUCUCACAGUAGCAGGAAAGUGACUUGACUCAUGACUUAAAUUGCAGCACUUAAACAGAGACCCCUAGAAUGUGUUAAUCAUCACAAAGAGAUCACAUUUAAUGUGUUUAAGUGUCUGAUAGUGUUUUCUUUAAAUUAACAUUUUUUUGUAGAAAACUCGUGUCUUGACAUUACAGUCCUUUUUUGUCUUGCAGUUUGUCUCUGUGCCAGUGGCAGCUAUAGGUCGGCAGCUUCAGAGCACCAUGCUAAUGUGUCACAGUUACUUAGAGAAACCAGAGGCAUCUCAUUACCUUCCAUAGGCCACCAGUGAGCUGUUGUACUACUGCGAUCUGCUUCCUAUUUAAACUUCGCACUCAAAGCUGAGACAGACAAAAGUAGCGUGGCAUUGAUAUGUAGCUCAGUUGCGCUUUUGUACUUGCUUCUCUCCUUUCCUUCCUCUUCAAUAAAUGCAAAUGGUGAAACA